GACAGUCUGCCUCUCAAUAAUCCUCAGCUUUACUGCACUAUUUAUCUACCAGUGUUUUAUCGUUUAGCAUUGUCUAAGGAUCAGAUUAAAGCAAUGCCAUGGUGUUCGUUUCCGCUGACACAUGCGUUUAACUGUAACCCUGGUUUUAUCAUGAAUAUACCUUGUCUACGGGGAAAAGCGUGAAGUAACGACUUGGAUCUCUGUUCUCUACUGUCUCAGCACGCGCAACUCUUAGCCACCUGAUAAGUAGUAACUCUGAUAAAUUGGACAUGCAAAAUGGGGUGUGAAUCAGAAGCAAAGGAAACAUCAUGUCUGUCUGAAUCGAUCUAUAGGUGCGCCUGUAGCUUAUUCUCGAUCCAGUGCCCUGUGAUGAUGUCACUCGUGCGACGGUAUGUUAAUCGGCCAUUCGAGUUGUGUGAAACUGAAGCUAGAUCCCCAAUUGUAAUAGAUCAUCCUCUGAUCUAGCUACAAACAGUCGUCGCAGCCAUUUGGAACAGAUAGGCGACUUAUUGCGUAGUGCGUUGCAAAUCUGCAGCGUUAGCGUAGGUAGGCUCAACUAUUCAGUUAGUAAAACCUUGAGUCGCCACUCGCCUGUCUGUGCCCUUUCCCCUGUUGUGUUAUCAACCUGCCGAUGGCUAGUCGCUUUCAUGUGUCAACGAGCAAGGGCGAACUAGUGUCUGUGAGUUAUAGUUACUGUUGCCUUUGAGUCAACGGUGGCCUUCGUGACGACAGAGCGGCACGGCGAGUAGCAUAAGCGGCCAAGUUAAUGCUCUUGCGGCAACCAACUUCAGAAAUGAAACAGUAACUGCAACAAUUGAUGUUGUUGCCGUCGCCGUUCCGACUAACGUUGCUGUCAUUGUCGCCACUGCUGCUGUUGCGGCAGUGCCACAACAGCGCCGUCUAGCGGCGUCGAGUGAAGCUCGUCGUGCGAGAAUUCCGUUCAGAGCAGCCCGUAAAGUUGACAGCGUCGCAUCGGUAUCGUAUGGGGUGCCUAGAAUAGAUCAGUGCAGCCAACGGUCUUCAGCGUUGUGGAUCUAGGAGAAGAUGACGAACUGGUGGUGCGCUCCCACGACAAAAACGACUGCCGUCAUCACCAGCACAGCUUAGAUCUAUCCUCCGAGAUUUUCAAGAAUGCUAACCAACCCCACAGUGGUGUCUUUGUGCGCUGUGUGUAAUAUGGAACGAAGCCGAAUACUUUUGAACGAAGACAAUCCGCGUAACUGUUGUAGCCAGUAGUAAUAGAAGUAAUAGUGAAACGUGUCGAAGUGCUUCAGGGCCGGGCCUCACGCGCCACAUCGUCUGUAUAUAUAUAUAUAUAUAUAUAUAUAUAUAUAGUAUAAAAUACCAAGCCAACAAAAUCGAACAAAUACAAUGGAAGAAAGCGCUCGCUGUGGCUGAAAAGCAAAUUUUAUAUCCAGCUAGAUUAUGCAUCAACUGUCGCUGGAAUAAAAGCGAGGAAACCAGAAUACAUUGUUUCGAAUUAUAUAUACACAUAUGUGUGUGUGUGUGUGUGUACGUAUAUGUGGAUAGCGCCAUUUUCGAAUACGAAGCGUCGACCUCAUCGUCUUUAUCUCUGAGGAUACCUACAAUUUGUCGUUGUGGAACGCUAUAAUCGAUAGUGGCAGGCGAACAGAAGUCCCGAGCGGAUAAACUAUGCAAACAAAGCAGCUGAUGCAGUAGAAAGGAGAUGACACUCAACGACGUCGAUAUCUCGAUCAGGUCGGAUUCAAGCUCUCCGGACGGAGGGAGCAUGAACAGUUCGGUGUCAGUGGAUAGUAGCCCGUGCCACAGGAAGUUCAACGGCGAUGUCUCUAAGGACGAAAUCGCCUUGCUGCAUAAGCUAGAGGAGCAGAAUCGGUUGUUGGAGAAGGAUUCCAAAUCGCUUUCAUCGUUAACUUCAACGGGCCAUUCGCGACGGUCCUCUGACACGUCGCAGAUCUCGGUCAAUAUGAAUACGAAUGGGACGACAUCACUAAGCGGAUCCUCCGGAGCCAAUUCGAUAGACGACAGCGAGGAUGAUAUCCUUCAACAGUGGGGCAAAACCGUCCAGGAUUACGAGAACCUUAAAAAGAAAAAGCCAGACGUCCUUAAGGAUGCUGUCCGUAAAGGAAUCCCUCCACAGUUUCGUGCUGUGGCCUGGCAACUAUUAAGCAAUGCGACGACGUGUAGCGCACGCGACCUCUAUGAAGGCUAUCUGGCUGGCACCUCUCCGUGUGAGAAGGUCAUUCGACGAGAUAUAGCACGCACGUACCCAGAGCAGGAUUUCUUCCGGGAGAAAAACGGACCGGGUCAGGAGGCAUUGUUCAACGUGAUGAAGGCUUACUCGCUACACGAUCGCGAGGUUGGCUAUUGUCAGGGUAGCGCGUUCAUUGUCGGCCUUCUGUUGCUGCACAUGCCCGAACUAGAAACUUUCACUGUGUUAGUGCGCAUGAUGAGCGAUUACCGACUGAGAGAGGUGUAUAAACCUUCGAUGGCUGAGCUGGGUCUUUACAUGUUCCAGUUGGAGCUGCUCGUGCAGGAGCUUCUUCCCGAGCUGCAUGCGCACUUUCAAUCACAGUCGUUUCAUACAUCGAUGUACGCUUCGUCAUGGUUCCUAACACUGUUUACCUCGGUGCUGCCAUUUCCGGUUGCGACCCGCUGUAUGGACCUUUUUCUCAGCGAGGGCAUUGAGAUGGUGUUCCGGCUUGGCAUAGCUAUCUUGCAGAUAUGCAAGGAGGAUAUACUCCUUCUCGACAUGGAGGAAAUGAUCAAGUAUUUCCAGAAAGAGAUGCCGUCCAAGGUGUCCACUGAUGUUGACUAUCUUGUCUCAUUAGCUGUUCAAGUUAAGUACAAUAGUAAGCGAAUGAAGAAACUCGAAAAGGAAUACCAAGCAAUUAAAGCGCGCGAAACCGAAGAGCAGAUUGAGCUACGGCGUCUACGCACGGAAAACCGUAUCUUGAGACAGCGUGUCGAAAAUUUAGAGCAGGAGAGUUCUUCUUUGGCUGAUCGGCUUAUACAAGGUCAAGUGGUUCGAGCGCAGGAGGCCGAAGAAAACUACAUUAUCAAACGCGAGCUUGCCGCUGUCCGGCAACAGGAACUGCACUUGUCAAUGGAACUCGAGAACCAAAAAGAAAAAGUGCAGGAACUUAUUCAGUCGCAGUCCAACCCAAGUUCACUCACGAAUGGUUCGACGUCCGACGACGUACUUAAGGCUCUCCAGGACGAGCUGGUAGCAGUGAAGCUUCGCGAGGCUGAAAAUCUUGAAACCAUGAAGCAAUUGCAGAACCAGAUAGAGGAGUUGGAAGCCGAAAAUAAGCGGUUGCACGAACAACCUACCCCCGAAAACUCUGUAGCCGCUCUUCAGGAAGAAUUAAUUGCUGUAAAACUACGGGAGGCUGAGGCUCAUCUCGGUCUUAAAGAGCUCAAGCAGAACAUUGCCGAUUUACAGCUAGUUUGGCAAAAACACAUCGAGCAGACAGGAGCUCAAAUUACGGAUCUGCCUGAGGCAACGAAAUUAGAACAACAGAUACUUUCUUUGCGUUUGCGUGAAGCCGAAGUUCAGGCUGAAGUGCAAGAACUGCGGGCUAAAGUAAUGGAGCUGGAGGCUCAAAAUCAGGUGAGCGUUAAUCAGGUGCGAAGGCAAGCAGAAGACCUGAGAAAUUUGCAACAAGAAAAGGAUAAAUUAAUUACCCGAGAACGUGAGCUUGAGUUACAAUUACGUGAAGCCACUAGGAAGUACACAGAUCUCGAGGGGAAGCUCAAAGAAGAACGAAUGAACUCGAAAAUCAAGGAAUGCGAGCAAGAUCAGCUCAUAGCCGAACUCAAGCAACGUAUUUCUAACCUCGAGAUUAAGAAUCAAGAACUGGUAACUGUUGGAGAACUGAGCAAGGGUAACUCCGAUUCCGAUGAAGUAAAAGAUCUUCAAGAUAAAUUGUCAGACACUAAAGCCGAGGUGCUCCGUCUGAAGAUAAUCAAUAAGCAGCUGAACUCCGCUCUGAGCAUGCCUAAGACAACAUCAAAGAGUUCGCAGUCCGGAAGUUCGACGCCAUGUGAUUUUAACCUCGGAUCAAAUACCGUCUCAGAGGAGAGUAUUACUGAACAAUUGCUACAACUAGGCGUUGAUCUCUCGCCAAAUGUCGAGCCACUCACGCUGACGCCGUCGAAUCCAUCGUCGGUUGUGACGUCCGCGGUAACAACGCCUACAGCUGGUGUUGUUCCGCCCUUUCCCAAUGCCGCCCAUGGGCACUCGACACAGCCCCCACCGCUCAAUCUUAAUAACGCCCUUAACCUCAGCAGUAUCAAUACCCCGCCGCCAGCAACCGCCUCGUAGGCUUAAUUAUAACAACGGCACUAAUUAUUCGAAAAUAUGAUGAUAACAAAAUUUCCAUCCGAUACUUAAGUGCAUAGUGUUUUUUUCUACAGGGAUGGCUUGCUAAUGUCUAUGAAGGCACACCAGCCAGGCGAUUGAGCCAUCAAUCAGUCCUCUAACGAUAUCAACGAAGGCAAUGAAUAAACGGACAACACAAAAACACAACUAAAUACUUUCUCGUAAUAUUUGAUUGUUAUUAUUCGCUUGCAAAAAAAAGAAACACAGAAAACGUGCAAGACUAAGUAUGAGCCGUACGCUAGCAUUUGCUAGCGUAUACACAUCGUUGAUUUGCUGUACAGACAUCUCUGACGAUAACAAAUACAACAGAAAGAAACUGACUUUGCGCCACCAAGUGCUGGUUUGAACUUCCUGCAAUUGCGAAACGACGUAGUUUUAAAUACACGAUCAGGGCCUUAACACUAUUGGUCUGAACCACUUUAUAUGUGAAUAGGCCUUAAAACGGGUAGCCUUGUAGGCGUACGCGCUUACUCAUAAAUGACCUUAAAACAAAAUAGCUAAAUUAUAGCAACUAUUUUCUUUAAAAAAAAAUAUUAAUCGUUCUAAUGAGCGAGGUGAUAUGACAGAGGUGAAAGGGCACGAAUAUAAUGGCGUAAUAUAAAAUACUAGUAAUAACAACAACAACUAAUCCUUCUUAAAUCAGCAGCGUUCAAAAUAUCCCUGAACAGUUCUGUGAUAUUUGUACAUAAAGAAAAACAGAAACACGUAAAAGGUAUCGAACAGGAGCAGUGAAACGGACACGCAGAAGUCAUGCAAUCGGACGCGAUGAGAUGAAUUGUUAAAAUGGUAAAAAAUGGAAGCGAUAAGGAAAGUAAUUAGGCUGAUUUGGAGAUCGGUAAAAUUUUGGAAAGAGGGCCAGCUUUGACGAAGUAACAUUGUGACAAGUGUGACCACUGCAAUGUAUAGCAAUGAAGCCUUGCGACUUUAAUGCGAUACAGGUCGCACUAUUCCACCCUUUCUAUUCGAUGUACUUCUUAAUCACAUGCAGCGAUGCAAUGCAUUGCGGAAAUAGCCGAAGAGUCAAAAUUCGAAGUAAAGAGACUAAGGAAUAAUAAGUACGGGUGCUAAAGAGAUUGGGCGGUUAAGCCGGAGUCACUGAAUCGACGAGGCAGGCAAAAGAAAAACAGUCAUACUGAAUUAUUGAGAUUGCCAUUGCACAACCAAUCCGAGGAUAGAGGAGUCAUCUGAAACAACUGGACCAGAGCAAAGGAGGGCAGUAAAUCAGCUGUUAUCACGACCGGAGAUCGGAUAUAGAUACCGUCGGACAAAGAUGGUCGGAACGAGAUGACAGAAGGUCGCACGUACACACACGCAUUGAUCCCCUUUCGAGUAACAAUAACGAUGACGAUGAUUUCUCCACUACGGUACUAGCUCAUCAAUAUCGUGCGUUGGCGACCGAUUCAAGUCCCCGGUUAUUUGACCACUGUUAUUCUCCUUCACUGCUGGCAACUGUGAUGUUAAAUGAAAAGAUAAGGCCGCACAGGCUGCGCUUAGAUGUAUGGACGUUCAGCCGCUAUACGACUUAUACACAGUAACGAUUAUAAAUGAUGAUAUAUAGAUAUACAUACAGAUAUAUAUAUAUAUAUAUAUAUAUAUAUAUAUAUAUAUAUAUAUAUAUAUAUAUAUACAAUUCCUUCAAAUUACUGAAAUAAUUUCUAUGACAGUGACAACAUUGGUAAGCAACGCUGCUACUAUAACAAUGAAUACUGGUAAGCAAUAGUAGAAUUCCUAGUAAUAAUGCUAACGCACCAAAUAAGAUUCAGUCGAAAGGCGUCUAUUGACAGUUGAACAUGUGUAAUUACGAUUAAUUUUAGCAGGAUCGCGUCCCCGUUAGCUUUGGUGCGAUUUUUUCGUUUAAUUUUUUGCCCAUUUGUUACCGAAAGGCGUGGAUACAAGAAGGUAUCAAUGUUCUUAUUGUUGCUAGCACAGCUACCCCUUCUUGGCACGGUCUUUACUAUAUACACGAUGAUUAUAAACGGCCAUUGGCAGAUACGGUGCGUAGCCAACUGCCGGUGAACAUGACCCGCCCACAAUGAUCAAAGAAUGUUCAUAGGCGAAGCUACUUCACUAUAUAAUGAAGAAUAAUAGUAACAUACAGAGAUGGGAGCCGUAAAUUAUUCCGUUUUACAACAAUAGCAGCAUAUUACUAGUGCAAUAUUUUUCUGCCUGCCCAUAUGGAACAAUGCAGUAUCUAACCCUGCAUGCCAAUAUACGUAGCCGAUUAAAAACAAUUAUUACGGCACCCGUAACAUCGAAAACGACAAACAGCUUGAGUGAUCAAUGAAUCGCUGAGGGCAUCGAAACGCGAACCGACGAAGAGGUCCCCGACCUCGCCCCACUCCGAUCCAAACAGCAAGGUGCUAAUUAUAUAACAAUCACAACAAAAAACGGCAACAAGUAAGAACAACACUUCGCACGUUAGCCAUACCUCAUGGCUGUUUAAACAAAGUCGAUGUCCAUAGAGGGACGAUUACUGUGUACCAAUCCCCAGACGUCCGAGACACUGGACCAGUUGCCGUACAACAACAAUUACCUGCAGUCGACCUGAACAGAGUUUACGUCCAAAAGAAUCAGAGUACAUUUAAUAAUUACACACUCCAUUCGAAUUUCUAGAGAAAAAUCUUUUGCACAAUUUGUAAUUGGACUAAUCACCGCCAUAAAAAGAAAACUAAUACCAUCGCUCGAGAUCUGCUUGGAAUCGCGGGCUUUCGGUAAACCUUACAAUAAUGAGUUUGCUAUUAUGACUAUCCAAUUCUGUAAAAUACCACGAAAAUUAUAUAUACAUAUAUAAACGUAAGACUGGUUAAACAGAAAUUAUGAACGGACAGACGUGCCGAAUACCUUAACCUGAUAAAAUCAAGGCCAUGAAAUAAAUGUUUAAGUGCUAGCAGACGGAGCGGACGCUAAAAAAUAAAGAUAAAAGUAACGUGUGCAAGGCAGAAUGUGCGCGACAUAGGUAAAUGGGUCUUAUGAAGGCUGUAAUGCAAGCGGUCAAGCAACUUUGCCUAAAAAGUCGCCUAUUUAAGCUGGGUUCCCAUUGAUCCGCCUUAAUUCAAUGAUGUUCUCUUGUUUGGUCGACGUCUGUGUGACUUGUGGGAUUCUGAGGUCGCGAUUAGCGGUUAUUUGUAGAAGGUAGAAAGUGAAAUUAAUACGGUAAGCAAAAAAACCAACAUGACGUCCAUAUUUCGUCGUCCCAUAUUGUCGUCCAUAAAUGGAGUGUGUACUAGGCGAGCAGUUAUUAUGAAUAUGAUUAUAAUAACAUUCACACGCAUCGUUUAAUAUAUAUAUAUACAUAUAUCGUCAUUAUGAUGAUAAUAAUCAAAUAAGAUUAUAUAUAAACUAUGCCACUAAACUUCUACACAUGCUUACUUACGGCAAUCAUUCGUAAAAGAAUCGUUGAUGUCCCUGAUAGCUGUUUGCCCUCAGUGGGUGGGCAACUUGGACAGCUGUCACUACCAAUCAUUAUUAAAAUCUAUGAACGAUGAUAAGCUAUUGCCAAUGACAUAAUAGCAAUCUAACAGAGUCAGUAAUGUGACGCCGUCCUAAAAACAAAAAAAAAAAAUAGAAUCAAACCGAGUGAAUAUGACUAACGGAUGAGGACCGACUGCGCAUUGCGUUACACAUUGACUGAAACCAAAAGUCUCAUCGCUUGCCGCGCGUCCCAAACGGAUGUGAUUGAGAUCGUGCUGAGAGGCUGUAUGUUUGACUGCGGUGUCUGUUUGCCGCAGUAUAUGGUAGGAUAGAGCAACUCUGUUUAUCUUUGAAUACGAGCGUUUCCAAUGCUAUGCCCUAUGUCGCAGACCCCCACAAUGCCCCUGGAUCCGGUAUCAUGCGAACUCACUUACCCACAAAUUAAUCAUAAACAAUAUAUAUAUAUAUAUAUAGAAUAUGUGUAUCUAUGAGUAUAUGAGGGCGUUCGAAACGCAUCCGCAUUCGAUGAGCUCGUGACUUGUAUUUUUUGUUCCAUGCUUCAGAGUUAUGGGAAAUGAAAAGAAGAAAGACAAGAUACAGACAGAUAACGAGCCAAAGGCUGGCUAUCACGUUCGACUACGAUGCUAUAAACUACCUUUACCAUGAUUCCGAGCCUCUCGUAUGUAUUAUAUUAUGUAUUUAUUAAUAAUAUUCUUUAAAUAGAAAGACGUAGAAGAAAGCGACACCAUAUGACACAGGAGAAAAACAAAGCCAGAUACAUCGCAAUGCUAGCUUCUGAAGGCGAUGAAUUCUAUAAUUCCACAUAUAUGCAUCCCCCCGCUCCGUGUGUACGUAUUCCGGUGUACUUUUCAAGUGUAAGAUACUGUUAUUACCACUAAAUAAUCGUAUAGACGAUCACUUAAAUUUCUGUAACCGGCGUGUUUCUCUAUUCAAGGAUUUGACUUAUAAUUGAUAAUGGUAGUAUUGACAUGUACACUAACCCCUUAGGGUUGUUAGUUGAUCGGGCAUCAUUACCUUUCAUUUCGCGAAAAUUAGGUCAAGCUUUUCGUUUUUCUACUAAACUAGUUACGUAUAACUGUGCAAUGUCUCGGCUAAAAUAGCAACAAUAACAAUAAAACAAAAGAUAUUCAUUGGCUUACUAAUAAGAAACACUAUUUAUUUAAAUGAUGUGUCUGUAUGGUAGAUGAACGACUGGUUUUUUCAAGUUGUACUUCGACAAACGGUUUUAUAUGGGGAGGAAAGACGUCCUCUUAAUCUUCACAGUCUUCAAACAUUCGAUUGGAAUCGAGUCAAAAAAGAAAAUGUAAGGGCCAAAGUAUGGAAAAAAAUCAACAAUAAUUGUAACUCAAAUGAAGAACGAACGAUACCGCUUCAGCCAACAACAACAACAACAACGAUAAUUUUUCUGCUGCACCUAUAAUACCCAACGUAUUGCGUUCAACUUUUGUAGCAACAGCUAUACAUACUGCACGAAAAUGUCAUUUGUUUUUACUUGCUACAAAUUCCUUGUUGUGUUAUCCAAUUUAUUGAAUUUCAAGUUGAAAUGUACGGAUUAUUGCGCACGAUCCUACUGAGACAUCAUAUAUGCGUUUAGUUUUAUAGGUAAGUUGCAACGUAAAACCUGGAAGGUUACUUUGGUCUACUGGUGAAUAUUAGAAUACGGUAUGUGUGACAUAUCUCUAAUGUACCGAUCCCCAGAGAGGGAGCAAACCGUGACUGAAUGUGUUCUAAAGGGCCAGUUUUCUCUAUAGAGGAAACUGAGCAGGAGAACGAAAGUAACAAAAAUCACCAAUUUUGGUCUUGUAGGACAGCAUAAUAGAAGCGAAUGUAUAUUGAUAUAUCAUACUAUUAUGAUUAUAACAAAUAUAAUAACAAAACACUGCGAUAUAAAGACACUUAAUGCAACUAGAAGACAGACGACAAAUAAUGAAGAGUAAACAGACACGAUGAGCAGUCGACGUGAAUUGUGAAAGUUGGGGUAUACCGUGCAAACUGUCCCAUAGGCGUGAAAUAUUUAAGAUGAAAGUAUAAUUUAACGUGCGAAUAAUACCAUCAACAACUAUAAUGGCGAUGGUGGGGAUGAUGGAACUAAUUAUUAGAAUAGAAUUUAUGAUACUAACAAUAACAAAAACAACAGCAAAAACGGGGCAAUAACAAGAAACGCAGAAACAAUGACGGAACAGAACGAGGCCGAUGAGGACAAUAAAGAAUGAUGGAACUUAGAAAGCCUAGUAGAAAUUUUGAUAACAACGGUCUUCAUGGGAAAUACUAUUCUACGUAAUGCUAUAUAUAUAUAUAUAUAUAUAUAUAUAUAUAUAUACAUAUAUAUA